GCCAUACGAAGCAGCUGCUGCAACAAUUUCCUUACUUUUGUUCAUUAUCAUAGUUUGCCUGAAUGGACUCGUAAUUUACACCCUCGUGUUCAGGAAACAUGAAAAGAGUCGCCUCUUCUAUUUUGUACUGAAUUUAGCAAUAGCAGAUUUUCUCGUGGGUGUAUGCAGUGUCCUUGUACUUGGUAUAACUAGUGCAAUGCAGAACGAAUGGUAUGGUGGUGACUUUAUGUGUAGACUUAUACGUUUUAUGUCAACAACGACUGUAAUUGCAUCUAAUAAUCUUCUGAUCAGCAUGAGUGUAGACAGGUUUCUGGCAAUAAAAUAUCCAUUGAAUGUUCUUAGAAUAGGUAUUUAUAGGUAUUUAGACAAAGGCUUGGUCGCAGGGGCAUGGCUUAUCAGUAUAGUGGUCUCAAGUUUUUUCAUCAUCUACAGUCGGGGAGUAAAUGCAAAUCCAAAUAGUGCUGAUAUUGAUGAACAAAAAGGUGGCUGUGAUAUCAAACUUCCAGAUAAAUGGUGGAAGCCGUAUAGUCUUACAGUUGCAGUAAUUAUCUAUGUGAUACCAACAAUCGGUAUAACAGUAUGUUAUGUUGGUAUAUGUAUCAUAGUUUGGAUGAAAUGGCGUUCAAGGAUGAAAUUAUCAGAGAUAAACACCGAUGCAAGCAGAGACCGACUUCAAGACAACUCAUUAAACCAAGGAGUUCUUCCGAAGGCAAAGAUAAAGAGCAUCAAAAUGACAAUGGUCGUAUGCUUGGCAUUUUUCUUAUGCUGGACGCCUUAUUUCGUAGUAAUGUUGAUGCACAUAUUUCACCCAGGUACGGUGGGGGCGAAUUUAACUCUUUUAUUCAACUGUCUAUACCCACUCAACAGUGCCUGUAAUCCUAUUAUAUUCAUGUUAUUCAAUCGCAAACUGUUCACUUGCGGCACUUGCGGCACUUGCAGACAAAAUGACCAACAUGCUAUACAAUCGUAUGAAGACAGGGACACACAAAUGACGUCAACCUGACUAGGUGCUUGCAUCUGGUCAGUACUGGAGAUGUUACACGUUGAAAGAAGAUCUAAUAAAUAAAGGCACUAAAAUGAGUACAGUCUUGAUUUAUGGCUAAAUAAUUUGAAAUUUAAGCAAACAAAAAAGAGGAAUUGCCACGUUUAAUGCAAAGAAACAUGUCUAAAAUAUUCGAAAAAAAGUCAAUGCUUAACAUACAUAAUCUACUGAUAUUUUUGUCUGAUUCCAUAGGAAUGUUACUUUUUUUGUUAUAACUUCAGAUAUUUAAGCAACACCGUAAUUCAUUAGUACUGAAAAUAUUACACUCUUUAAAACUGCUGCAAUAGUCCGUCCCAUUUUUUAUCAACAAUCUAAUUUGAAUUUGUUUUAUUUGUGUACAUAAUAUAUAUUUUUUAUCAAAACAUAUUUGAAAAUUCCAUGUUAAAUUUAUUAAAAUAACACUAACACGCUUUAGUAUAUCUUAAUACUCAGUAUAUAAAACGAACAUGCAAGAUUAAUAUCCUUCUCAAAGACGAUUGUAUAGAUAACUUGUUUGAGUAUGUAAAUAAAGAAACUCGUGUUUGAAUAUGUAGAUUAAAAAAUCAUGUUUUAAUAUUUGAUGAAACAUGUCCUGUUUGAACAUAUAAAUAUUUUGUUUUAUUAUACAAAUACAAAUAUCCUGUUAGAAAACUUUGACAUAAAUAUUUUGUUUGAAUACAUGUAUGUUAAUAUAAAGACCCUGUUAAAUUUUGUAAAUAUAAAUAUUCUGUUAGAAUAUGCUAUUGACUUUUUUGUAUCCAGUUAAAAGAUAUACUACGCUCAAAUUUUAUAUUUUAGAGAUUGAUAAUUGCUACACAAUCUCUUUGUAAAUAUAGAAUUAACAUGUUUUGACUACACACAAAGUAGAUAUCUUAUGUUUUAAACUCUACACACUAUAGGUGGACCUAACAAGAAUAUAUAGUGUCGUUAAAAACUGGUGGUUUGUUUAAGAAAGAAUCAACUUUACUUGACCUGUAAUAGGAAAUACAGCUUCCAACAUACAGAUUGUACAUUCUUUUACUAAAAUAAGACAUAGUGAGAAAGAAUAACAUAGAUUUCAAUUAAUUUCUGGGAUAAUUCUUUUUCUUAGUUGAGCAUAGUAUGUCUUCAAAUAUGUUAAUAUGAACAUCCUGUUUGAUUAUGUAAAUAUAAAUAUCUUAAUGAAAUAUGUAAAUAUAGAUACAUGUAUCCUAUUUCUAUAUGUAAAUAUAAAUAUCCUUUUGUAAUACCUUUUUAAUUAUGUAGAUAUUAAUGACCUAAUUGUUAAUAUUAAUCUGUCAUCAUUGCAUUAGCGAUUAUGUUAUAUAAAAACCAAAGUGAAACA